AUGAUGUUGAGGGUACAGCAAUUCUUUCACGAGGCUACUGGCGAUGGGUCAUUGUCUUUUGAUACAUUUACUGUCGUGCUUCGAGUACUCGAUAAAAGCAACGAUUCAACUGCUAGCGACAAAGUAAAGAAUAGUGAGACUCUGACAGCUUUCUUCACUGCUCAAUCGCAACAUGAUCAAUGGAUGAACGCAUUUGCCAAAGGGAUCAACUAUGCUAAAAGCCGGGCGACUUUAAGGGAUGAGAAAGGUAUCUUGACUCCGUGGCAAAUGUCUGGAUCACAUAUUCGUAUAGCUGCAAACUCACAAAUGAAAGCAACAGUGCUAGUAGACGCAGUUCUCAUUGGCUAUCGUUUGCGUUGUUAUUCCUCUCAAGAAGCUACAGCAACUGCCGCUUCUAUAUCUGCAUUAAGCCAAGAUCUGACUUUGUCAGUGGAUACCAGACUCAGUCUCUUGAUAUCGAAAUUUCAGCAUGUUCAUCGUGGGAAGCGCCGACAACAUCCCGGUUGGCGCUAA